GGUCUAUGGUACAAGGUCAUAAAAUUAAAAAAAAUCAAUCAAUAUGACAUUUGUCACCUUGUUAUUGUUGUCAUCUGUCAAGAGCUUGGUAGAAAAAUCAAAUAACCAAAACAGUAUUUCUAUUCUUGUGAGAAUUAUAAAUUAAUUAUUCUAAAAUUAAUAAAAUGAGUGGCCUUCGGAAUAGUGUAUUACAAAGCUUUAAAAAAUUACAUCGCACUAGACUCAAAGUUUUCGAGGGAGAUUUAAAAGCAUUGAUUGCAGCUAGAGCAAAAAUUAAUGAGGAGUAUAAAAAGAACAAACAUGUUACAGAAGAAGGUUCAAUAAGGGCUAUGAUUAAAUUUAGCAAAGAUGUAGAAACUGAAUUAAGAACACAAGUUAUACAAGCUCGGGAAGUGAGGCCUGGUGUAUUUGAGGCAAAGAUAACCGAAGAUACUCUAAAAUUGGAUAAUAUUCCUUAUAAUGACAGUGCUGUACCAGAUGAUAAAUUAGAUGGUCCCAGACCUUGUUGUAAGGAUCAAGCAAGAAGUAAAUGAAUAUUUUUGGUAUCACUAGGAUAUUGAAGUUUUGUUAUAUAGAAUGAGUUAUAUAGUUGACAGUUAUUUAUGUUAUCAUUAGUAGUA